GAACAUCUUAUUGGAUGGGAAAGAAUCCAAGGGACUCGGAAACUCUUCCAUGAUUUUUCCAGCCCUUUGAACCACUCUGAAACAUAUCUCUUCCAAAAAUGGCUCUCUAGACCUGGGUAGUGUGAAAACAUCAUUCCACAAGUGGAUAUAAAUGGAGUUGAAGGUGAGAUCAUCCACUUUUUCCAAGGAGCUUGCCCAACACAGUAUCUUCUGGUCUCCUGGCCACCUCACUGGAGCUGUGACCAACAAUGUGUGAUGAUGAUGAGACCACAGCCCUUGUAUGUGACAAUGGCUCUGGGCUCUGUAAAGCGGGUUUCGCUGGAGAUGAUGCCCCCAGAGCUGUCUUCCCAUCCAUCGUUGGGCGCCCACGACACCAGGGUGUAAUGGUAGGAAUGGGACAAAAAGACAGCUAUGUUGGAGACGAAGCCCAAAGUAAGAGGGGGAUCCUCACCCUGAAAUACCCCAUUGAGCAUGGGAUUAUCACCAACUGGGAUGACAUGGAAAAGAUUUGGCAUCAUUCCUUCUACAAUGAGCUCCGUGUGGCCCCAGAAGAACAUCCUGUUUUGCUGACAGAGGCCCCCUUAAAUCCAAAAGCGAACAGAGAGAAAAUGACCCAGAUAAUGUUCGAAACCUUCAACGUGCCAGCGAUGUAUGUAGCAAUCCAAGCAGUUCUAUCUCUGUACGCCUCAGGUCGAACUACUGGAAUUGUUUUGGACUCUGGGGACGGAGUGACGCACAACGUGCCCAUCUAUGAAGGGUACGCUCUGCCGCAUGCUAUCAUGAGGCUGGACCUGGCAGGCCGAGACCUAACUGAUUACCUUAUGAAAAUUCUCACAGAGAGAGGCUACUCUUUUGUGACCACAGCGGAGCGGGAGAUCGUCCGAGACGUCAAGGAGAAACUGUGCUAUGUGGCUUUGGACUUUGAGAAUGAAAUGGCCACAGCAGCCUCCUCUUCUUCACUGGAGAAGUGCUAUGAACUGCCAGAUGGGCAAGUCAUCACCAUCGGGAACGAGAGGUUCCGUUGCCCUGAGACCCUGUUUCAACCGUCCUUCAUAGGAAUGGAAUCUUCAGGCAUCCACGAGACCACCUACAACAGCAUCAUGAAGUGUGAUAUUGACAUCCGGAAGGAUCUCUAUGCUAAUAAUGUUCUGUCAGGUGGCACCACUAUGUAUCCAGGAAUUGGGGAUCGGAUGCAGAAAGAGAUCACUGCUUUGGCCCCUAGUACUAUGAAGAUUAAGCUGGGUCAGUCCAACCUCAAGAAGCGAAAUGAAGAACAAAUCUAUCUUCUAAUACCUACACUUCUCCUUUUCCCUCGUGAGCGAUAUUUUCUAUCUAAGGAACAUGGUUUUCUUCUAGGACCUCACAAAUAUUACAAACUCUAAAAGACAGCCUUUCUGCAAAGCACCAGAGCAACCAAAGGGAUGUCUUCUCACUGUCUAUAAAACGUCUAAGAGCUUUGAGAAUGGAUAAAAUUCGGAUGAUGAGAAUAGAAGUGGCACCCAGCCUCACCACUCAUUCAUAGCAGAAAUGUGGGCAAGUCUCUGGGUCUCGAUAGACCCACCUGUAAAAUGGGCAGGGUAAUUCUGGCCAUCUCCCACUCAGUCAGGGACCUGAGGAGGGCUUCAUUCUCAGUCCCAAGCUUAUGUAGAUUGAUAUUACUAUCUGAUUUUACACUGACUGUUGGACUGUUCUU